AAAAUAAACUUAAGAAAUAUAUAAUAACAAUAAGGGAAAAAAACGAAUGUGCUAAUUCGCCCCUCACACUGUGAUAUAAUCUAACUUAGAAGAGCAAAGCUAAGAGAAAACGAAUAAUAAAUACAUACAUACAAACUCUUUGAAUACCCCAUAGUAGAUACGGACUUAAAUAUACAUAUGUAUGUCUAAAGCAUAACGAAAAUUGAAAAUCAACGUAACCGCCAUCCAAGUUUUUAUGUGCAAUUUGUUGUUGAUUAUAUCUCACAAUCACUCACCCACCCACACACAUAAGCACAUUGUUUUGCUCCAAGUGACAAUAGCCAGAAAGUAAGAAGCAAAUAAGUAGUGAAGCGCAUUUGCAUAUUAAACGUCUUGAGUGAAGGACUUUCAAGUGGCGCCUCCACACAGCUAUCAACAGCCUCCAGCAUCAACUGAGCGACUCGAAACUUGUUGCCGAAAGAAAGGAAAUCGAAAACGAAGAUGGAGUCCCUACAAAAGUCACUUUUCACGCUACUCUUCGCUCUAUGCCUUACAUUAAGCGCUGCUCUCGAAGAGGACUGCAUCGAUUUUCAGGGUAAUUCGGUUAAUCAUGGCAUGCUGUACGUACCCGGACCAGGAGUUUGUAGUCUAUGCGUUUGCUAUCAUUCAGAGCCUCUGUGGUGCAAAGCCAUCUACUGUGAUCCACCCUAUUUCUGUAAAAAUUUCCGUGUUGGAGAGCGCUGUUGUGAAUUCGAAUGCUUGGAUCCGCCCGGAGAGGACAACAAGUAUCAGGAGCGCAUGCGAAAACGCGCUGAAAUAUUGGCUGGCAAUAGCACAGCGUCAGUGCCCAUAACGCCACUGGCUGUAUCGACCAUAGUGUUUACAGUGCUGACAAAUAGCAUUUUAAAUUUAUAACUUCAAGCGAAUGGCGAAAUUGGCGAUGGUGGGUGGUGAGGUGCAUAGAAUAAUUAAAUGUUAAAAUGUAAAAUUAAAAAAAAUAUAUAUAUAUAUAUAUAUAUAUAUAUAUAAAUGGAAAGCGCCUUAUUAGGGGUGAAGCGAUAGUGGAAAGCUGCGAAUCGAAGAAAGUGUAGUAACAAAUUUUUGCCAGUUGCGCGUAUUUACAUACAUACAUACAUACCAACUAAAUAAAUUGUAAUCUCGUCUAGGAUAUAUGUACAUAGAUAUCUAUGCAUAUGAAUUUAGCACAUUUUUUAUAUACUUCAAGUAACAAUAAAUUAGUGCAAAAUGUGACACGAAAAAUCAAUCUUAGCAAAAGGAAAAAUUAAUUUAAUUAAAAAUAAUGCAAUUUUAGAGCAUAAAAGAAAACUCUUGCAAAUACACAAAUAUUUAUCUAAUGUAGAAAAAUGAAAACGAACACUUUCAAUUAAGAAAUACUUAUGAUAAUAAUUUUGAAAGAAAAAUAAAUACUGAAUUUGAAGAGAAAAUCUAUUGCCACAAUAUGAAUCGUUUAGUUGAUAUCCUAAUGCAGGUGUAUAUAAACAAAUGAACAAUACAUGCUAGGUUCUCAUUUUCAAACCAAUAUGUAACUAUUACAGAUAUUAAAAAAAAAACGAAAUUAGUCUCAUUGCUAAUCUAACGAAAUCGAAAAUAAACCAAA